UGUAGUUUGCCCGGAGCUCAAGAAACGAUCUGCUACUUUGAGCUACUUCUUCGUCUUCUUCGUCUCUCUCUCGAAACCCUUUGGCUCGACUUGAUUACCUCUCUUCAGUAAGAUCUGAUUCGAGUUUUCGAGAGGAAAAGAUCGUUGCUUGGCAUCUGGGGUUUAAAAAGAUGAAGCUUGAUACAAGUGGGUUCGAGACCUCCAUGCCCACGAUUGGAUUCGAGUCGAGCAACGAUAUGCUUGAUGGGUUUUCUACUGUGCCCUCCUUUGACCUUCCCCGCACUACUGAUUUCGAUGGGUUUCAGAAAGAAGCAGUACAGAUGGUGAAGCCAGCGAAAGGAACAACUACACUCGCUUUCAUCUUCAAAGAAGGUGUCAUGGUCGCUGCUGACUCUCGUGCUAGCAUGGGUGGAUAUAUCUCGUCACAAUCUGUGAAGAAGAUUAUUGAAAUCAAUCCUUAUAUGCUUGGUACAAUGGCUGGAGGAGCUGCUGAUUGUCAAUUCUGGCACAGGAAUCUUGGAAUUAAGUGCCGUCUACAUGAGCUGGCAAACAAGAGGAGAAUCUCUGUUUCCGGAGCUUCAAAACUUCUAGCAAACAUGCUCUACUCGUACCGUGGAAUGGGACUUUCCGUCGGCACGAUGAUCGCUGGAUGGGACGAAACUGGUCCAGGACUUUACUAUGUCGACAACGAAGGAGGAAGGCUCAAGGGAGACAGGUUUUCAGUCGGUUCCGGUUCACCAUACGCUUAUGGUGUACUUGACAGCGGGUACAAAUUCGAUAUGUCAGUUGAAGAAGCUUCCGAGCUAGCAAGGAGAUCAAUCUACCAUGCGACAUUCCGUGAUGGAGCCAGUGGUGGAGUUGCUAGCGUGUACCACGUGGGUCCUAAUGGAUGGAAGAAACUGUCGGGAGAUGAUGUUGGGGAGCUACACUAUCACUACUACCCUGUGCCACCAGCCACUGCCGAACAAGUCAUGGAGGAAGCGGCCGCCGAGUAAUAACAUUCACUCUCUAGCUUAAACUUUGUUUCUCAACUAUAAGAUUCUCCUUUUAUUCUGCAAGUGCACACUCUUUAUUUUGUUCAAGCAGCUCUGGUUCAACCAUGAAAUUAGGAACCUGUGAUUGGUUUUGACAAUUUGAUUAGGUAAGCUUUCAUGUGCAA